AUGGUGGAUGGCACUAUAGGCUUUGAGAAGCACAUUGACAGAUGUCUGGAGCUGUCUGAGUAUCUCUACCACAAGAUAGAGAACCGAGAAGGAUAUGAGAUGGUGUUUCAAGGGGAGCCCCAACACACUAAUGUGUGUUUCUGGUACAUUCCUCCAAGCCUGCGGCUUCUGCCAGAUGGAGAGGAGAAAAGACAACGACUUCAUAAGGUUGCCCCCAAGAUCAAGGCAAUGAUGAUGGAGUGUGGAACAACAAUGGUGGGCUACCAGCCUCAAGGCGAUAAGGUCAACUUCUUCAGAAUGGUUGUCUCUAAUCCGGCUGUAACCAGGUCUGACAUUGACUUCCUGAUCAAUGAGAUAGAAAGACUGGGACAGGAUUUAUAGAGUGCACAGGGCUGGAAAUUCAGUAGAUGUUAGUAAAUUCUGUAGAAAUAUAGGAAAUGGAGAAGACGUUUUGAAGUAUUGUAUCAGCUGGACAUUCUAGAGUAUUAGACAAAUGAGGUGCUCUAGAAUAAUGAAACUCUCGGAUUUCUAGAAUGUUCCACUAGGAAACUGGACAUUCCAGAAUGCAGAGGUGGUGAGCUCUUAAAGCUAUAAUUUCAUAAUGAAGGAUCAGAUUUCCGCCUAUGACAUUAUAUGUCCUCUCUUCUUCCCUUCCCCCUGUUCUCUUGUCUCCUGUCUAUUGUGUUCUUUCUAUUGUAACACUUUACAAUAAGGUUCCCUUUCUGGUUAACUACAUUUGUUAAGAUGAACUGACAUUGCCAAAUACUUGAUGCAUAUUUUAAUCUUACUUUGUUAUUUUUAAUA